AUGCGUUUCCUGUGUUUACACGGCGCCAGCACCAAUGGCGAGAUCUUCGAGAUUCAGACCGGCGGGCUGCGUCAAAAGCUCGAGAAAGAUGGUCAUCGCUUCACGUUCAUGAACGGCCGACUGCCUAGCCAGGUCGAAGAGGGCCUUGAGGGGGUCGUUGACGGCCCUUUCUACUCCCACUAUCCCCGCGACCCCGCAUUGCCAAGCGCCGACGUGCUCGAAGCCUUCGAACAUGUCCAGCGCAUCAUCGAUACUGAAGGCCCAUUCGAUGCCGUCAUUGGCUUCUCACAAGGCGCCGCCCUCGCGAGCGCCAUGCUUGUGCACCACACGAAGACCAAUCCCGCUGCGCCGCCGCCCUUCCGCGUAGCCGUGUUCCUGUGUGGCGGCAGGCCGUGGAACAGCUCAGGCAUGGCAUACGUGGAGCCACAGCCAGAUACAUAUCUGAUCAACAUCCCAACAGCACAUGUGGUGGGCAAGCUGGAUCCCUUGUAUGAACAGGGUUUGGUGCUGCACGCGCUGUGUGAGCCAUCCAAGGCAAAAUUCUAUGACCAUGGGUCGAAACAUAUGGUUCCAUUUGAUCAGAAGAACACAGAUGAGAUGGUGAAGAUCAUCGAGGAGACUAUUGCGAAGGCCAUUCGAGGAUGA